GGAAAACGCCAUUAUACCCUGUCAUUUUCGUUUCCUUUCAUUUGUUUACUUUUUUUUACAUAACCAUACUUUUUCCAUUGCCUUUUUUGGAGAAAAAAUAUUAUCUAAUUUCUUCUCAAUUUAUCAAUUAUUUAGGAAUUAUUUUAUCACAAUGGCUGAAGAACAACCUGAUGAUAAGAGCCUAAUGAUAUAUGGCAGAGACGUGUCAAAGAUUCCAUGUUUCCGAAACAGUUUUCUAUAUGGGACUCUGGGUGGUUUAGGUUUUGGUUUGGCCCAUUUCAUGUUUACAAGCAGAGUAGCUAAGUCUGUUAAUUAUUCAGUAUAUUCUUUUUCGAUGUUUACUGUUUCCUAUUGGAUGUAUUGCAGAUAUAAUUUUUCAAAAACGAAAUUUGAAAUGCUAAGGACGCAAGAAGCUUUAAGGGCAAAAGCACUUAAAGAAGGGACAGCGGAUGAUCCCUUUAGGCAGGCAGAACUAGAAGGAAUUGAAGUUUAAGGUACCCCUUGCUGUAGGUUUUCUGUAGGAGCAGACUUUAACUCCAGGUCCAGGUCUUCCAUUGCAGUAAGUAUAUUCUACUCGAUAUUUUAUUUCCUUUUGACCAGACCAGGAGCAAACCCAUAAUAUUAUUUAUUAUACAAGUCACAUUAAACAUCAUUCAAUUAGGCCAACAUUUGAAACAUGUCCUGUAUGUAUACCUACACCUACUUGCCAAUAUGUUUUAAUUUUAUUAUUUGCAUUUUUCAUUUUCUUUGGACAUUGUUUUUGCUAAUUUACGUGUUCUUGUUUGUUAUUUUCAUUGCUGUUUUUUUUUUUUUAAUUUGACAUAGUUUUGAGUAAUUCAGGUUUGUAAAUCUUUAAGUUAUUAUGGCGAAACAAAAUUGAUUACUAUUUAUAGAUAUUUUCAAUGUUAAUCAUAAGAGUUUCUAUAAUUUUCAACAACUUUAUUUUAAUUUGUGUUAUAUGCUUCUAUUGUUGUGGUGCUGUAGCGUAUUAAUUCUUUUAAUUACAUUUUAAUUAAUUAUUUCUCUGCUGUUUUUUGAUUUUAGCUUUGUAAACUAGACAAUGAUUGAUCAUUAUACAAUAAAGCAUUUUAGAAUUGAAUUGACAUAACAAAAUCAAAAUUUCACAAACGAACGAGUUGCGCAUACAGGGGGCAAGAAAAAAAUAUCUAUUAUAGAAGGUUUGAAAACUGUUUGUAUAAUUAAACCAGUUGUUACAUACCACAAAUUCUGUAAUAUAUUUAUGUUAUGUUAUCCUGAAUUUGUUAAAUAAUCAGUUUUUCUCUAUUUAAAUCACCCCAAAAGGUGCCAAUUAAAUUUUUGUUUGUUUGUGGAAACCCAGUGCCUAGUUAGGUACCUCAAAACUUUUGUCAACAAACAUACUUUUCUUAUAUGUCUACUAAAAAUAUUGGAUCAAAUUGGCGUUUUCAGAAUAAAAUUAUCUUUUAAAUUUUGUAAACCACACUUUGAUAUAUCUCUAUAUGUUGGCAAAAGCGGUCUGUUCCAUUAUUAGUCUGGCAGUUCAUACAGUAGGAACAUAUAUAAUAUGUAUCGAGAGUGUGCUUCUUAUGGCAAACUUUUACAAUAAAACGCUAACAAUUUU